UUUCCGGCGCGCUCCCCCGCGUCCUGCGUCCUGUGGUCUCGUCCGCCCCCGCUGCCAUGUUGGAUUGUGCGGCCGCCACCGCUGCCGCUGCUGCCGCCGAAGGAGGUUUGGAGGAGGAGUUGGGAGUUUAGCGCAGUCGCCAGAGAACGAAGACAACGGCCAUCCGGCCGGAGCUUAGCCGGUCGGGAGCCGGGAGCUUCCCUUUCUCUGCGCAGCCCGUCGUUGGCUCCUCCUUCCCGUGGCCUCCUCCUCCCCGCGCCCGAGGAGCUGCGAGAUGCUGCGCCUCUGAUUCCCCUCCUCCUACCCCUGUCACCGAGAGGGGAAAGAGCGUUCGCCUACUCGCCGGAGACGGCCCUGGACUCGCAACCCCGCCAGCGAAACCAUGAGCUCCGGCCAGCAGCAGCCGCCGCCACCGCGGAGGGUCACCAAUGUGGGGUCCUUGCUGCUCACCCCGCAGGAGAAUGAGUCUCUCUUCACCUUCCUCGGCAAGAAAUGUGUGACUAUGUCUUCAGCAGUGGUACAGUUAUAUGCAGCAGAUCGUAACUGUAUGUGGUCAAAGAAGUGCAGCGGUGUCGCUUGUCUUGUUAAGGACAAUCCACAGAGAUCUUAUUUUUUAAGAAUAUUUGAUAUUAAGGAUGGGAAACUAUUGUGGGAACAAGAGCUAUACAAUAACUUUGUAUAUAAUAGUCCUAGAGGAUAUUUUCAUACCUUUGCUGGAGAUACUUGUCAAGUUGCUCUUAAUUUUGCCAAUGAAGAAGAAGCAAAAAAAUUCCGGAAAGCAGUUACAGACUUGUUGGGCCGGCGACAAAGGAAAUCUGAGAAAAGACGAGACCCCCCAAAUGGUCCUAAUCUACCCAUGGCAACAGUUGAUAUAAAAAAUCCGGAAAUCACAACCAAUAGAUUUUAUGGUCCACAGGUCAACAACAUCUCCCAUACCAAAGAAAAGAAAAAAGGAAAAGCUAAAAAGAAGAGAUUAACUAAGGCAGAUAUCGGAACACCAAGCAAUUUCCAGCACAUUGGACAUGUUGGUUGGGAUCCGAAUACUGGCUUUGAUCUGAAUAAUUUGGAUCCAGAAUUGAAGAAUCUUUUCGAUAUGUGUGGAAUCUCAGAGGCACAACUGAAAGACCGAGAAACAUCAAAAGUUAUAUAUGACUUCAUUGAAAAAACAGGAGGUGUAGAAGCUGUUAAAAAUGAACUAAGAAGGCAAGCACCACCUCCUCCACCACCAUCCAGGGGAGGGCCGCCUCCUCCUCCCCCACCUCCACAUAGCUCAGGCCCUCCGCCCCCUCCUGCCCGGGGGAGAGGCGCUCCUCCUCCGCCGCCGUCAAGAGCUCCCACAGCUGCACCUCCACCACCGCCUCCGUCCAGGCCAGGUGUAGGAGUCCCUCCACCGCCACCAAAUAGGAUGUACCCGCCUCCACCUCCAGCCCUUCCCUCAUCUGCACCGGCAGGGCCUCCGCCACCACCUCCACCUCUGUCGUUGGCGGGGUCCGCGGCGCCACCCCCGCCACCGCCACCUCCACCUCCACCGGGGCCGCCGCCUCCCCCUGGCCUCCCUUCUGAUGGUGACCAUCAAGUCCCAACUCCUGCGGGAAACAAAGCCGCUCUUUUAGAUCAGAUUAGAGAGGGUGCUCAGCUCAAAAAAGUGGAACAGAACAGUCGACCGGUGUCCUGCUCUGGACGGGAUGCACUUUUAGACCAGAUACGACAGGGUAUUCAGCUGAAAUCUGUAUCUGAUGGCCAAGAGUCUACACCACCAACACCUGCACCCACUUCAGGAAUUGUGGGUGCAUUAAUGGAGGUGAUGCAGAAAAGGAGCAAAGCCAUUCAUUCUUCAGAUGAAGAUGAAGAUGAAGAUGAGGAAGAAGAUUUUGAGGAUGAUGAUGAAUGGGAAGACUGAUCUAUAUAUUAUAUAUAUAUAUAUUUUUAAGGUGAAAUACUAAACACUACUUUCUGUCUAUGGAUUCUGUAAAAUUAUCAUGUAAAUGUUCUACCAAUUUGCUGUAUAUUUUUGUUGCCUUUUUUGCUUUUUUUUUAAUUAAUCUGUGCAAUACCUCAUUUAAUCUGUAAAGGUUUGUCAAAAUCCUCUACAAAGCUACUCCCUGUUAUUGUGUGCAAGUUUACACCAGGAUGCUCACUUAAUUUGUGAAUAUUUUUCAUUCCAUCAACAAGGGAGUUUAAAUAUUAUAUGUGAGACUGACAAAAACCUUAAUGUAAUUUAGUUAUAAUGCCAGAAGGAAAACACUAUUUUCAUACCCUACUUUUUCUGUACCUAAAUUUUCUUAUUAAAAUCUAGUAUAGCACUACAUUCUUUUUUAAGUGAUACAGACCUUAUUUAGCCCCUUCAUUUUGAACACCAUGCUACAUGAAUGUUGAAGCUGACACAUUGCACAGUUCUCUAGACAUCACUACACUGAUGCAGUUUCUCAAGUUGUAGCAAUAUGCUCUGCAUAAUGUCACUACAGAGACACUAGUUGGGAAAAUUAGUAACACACCUCUUAAAACAAUAUUGCCUGUUCUUGGACAGAAGUGGUAUUUGGAGGCUGGAAUCACAAGGAGACCUUGCAUACCUGUACUUGACUGAGAUUAUUUUUAUGCUAUAGCAAAUGUGGCAGGCUCUUUUUGGCAAAAAUUUAAAAAUAUUUUUGGUAUUACUCUUAAAUAGUUAAGUUUUUGCAGUUCGGGGGAUUUUAGGGGUAAUACUCUACAUAAACUGAAGGAGGCUAUACAUUAUGGUUACUUCAGUAUCUGGUUAAAUGCACUAUAAAAAUCAGAACAUUUCUAAAAAUGUGGAAUUAUUUUUAUUGUAUAGUCUGUAUGGAUUGAGGUAUUCAGAAAUAUCCACCAUACAAAUUGAAUCUAGCUGGCAAAGGUAAACACUGUAAUGCUGAACUAAUUACACUAUUUAAAAUUUUUUUAUAUAAUUUCUCAAGGUUUUUGUCAAAUGUCAGGUGAAGGGUUACAUUUUUCCUAAAAUAUUGGUGGCCCCAGUGUUAUGUUUCUUGAACCACAUAACUGAAUGAUAGAUUCUUUUUUUUUAAAUAAAACUUUACAACCUGCACAUUUGUUAUGUAUGCUAAAUGAUGUGUUAAAAUUAGGGUUUCCUUGCCUCUCUGCAGUACACUAAUCUGCCUAAAGGUGGUUGUUUUCAUAUUUAUAGUGCUAAUUAUCAUACCUACCUACUUUAAAUUUUAGGUAGAAAAACGAUCUGAUUUAAAUACAGACACGUAUUUUUCUCACAUUGAGUCAUAUGCAGAAUGUAGUUCCAAAUGUAUUUCAGUACUAUAAUCACAAUAUCCAACUAAAAAUUAAGCUCUCUAGAAUUGUACCGACCAAAAUCUAGUAUUGGCAUGAUCUUGACAGGCUGGACCUGCAAGAUACAGCUUGAAUUUUAACCAUUUAUCACAUAAUCUCUAGUGAUCAUGCAUCUAGUUAUCAUAAGAAAUAAUUUAAAAGGUUUUGUUGCUGAAAGCAGUAAGUGGUGCAGUAAGAUAGUUAAGUUAUUCAAAGAAUGUUACCUUUCUUGCAAGAGUAAUUUAAACACAAG